AUGAAUCCGCAAUGUUCUAAAUGUAAAGCAGCAAUUAGGAAAUAUAACUACUCCGUCAAAGAGAUAGAAAGAAUGCGAAACGACUAUGCAGACUUAAAGAAAGAAGCAGAAAAGCCAGCAGAAAAUAAAAUGGACAUGUUAGCAUUUCUGAACAAAAACUAUCCAACUGCUGACGAUUUCCUUCUAUCUGACGUCAAGAAGAAAUAUAAAGAAACUUUCGGCAUUGUUAAAACUUUUGACAUACUGACAGAAGAAAUAGAAGCUACGAAAUUGUUUAGGAUUUCAAAUAUACAUCGUACAAUUCAUGUAAAACGCUUGUGA